AUGAGUACAUCUUGGUAUAAACGAGUCAACAACAAAGAAUUCGACCCUACUUCGAAUGUGCAUUUCAUGAUAGAUGAGAUACAAGUUAGGUAUAAUGAGUACUCCAACAUCACAAAUAAUAUACUAAGUGUUUUUCGUGCAGCUGUUCCUUCAGGUGCUUCCACUGGUAUUCAUGAAGCUUUAGAACUACGUGAUGGAGUUAAAUCUGAUUACGUUGGUAAAGGUGUAUCAAAGGCUGUUGCAAAUGUGAAUCAGAUAAUUGCACCUGAGCUUAUAAAAGCCAAUUUAGAUGUUAAAGAUCAAAAGGCUAUUGAUGAAUUUAUGUUGAACUUGGAUGGUACUAAGAAUAAAUCAAAACUUGGUGCUAAUGCAAUUCUUGGUGUUUCAUUAGCUGUUGCAAAAGCUGGUGCUGCUGAAAAGGUAAUUAUGCCACUUUAUCAACAUAUUGCAGAUCUUGCUGAAAGUAAAAAACCAUUUGUUCUUCCCGUUCCGGCUUUUAAUGUAAUCAAUGGCGGAUCUCACGCUGGUAAUAAACUUGCUAUGCAAGAAUUUAUGAUAUUGCCAACUGGAGCAAAAUCAUUUUCAGAAGCCAUGAAAAUCGGUUCAGAAGUGUAUCACUCUUUGAAAUCAGUCAUCAAAGCCAAAUAUGGUCAAGAUGCUACUAAUGUUGGUGAUGAAGGUGGAUUUGCACCUAAUAUUCAAGAUAAUAGAGAAGGUCUUGAAUUAUUAAAAGAGGCUAUUGGAAAGGCAGGGUAUACUGAUAAAAUUAAAAUAGGAAUGGACGUUGCAGCUUCUGAAUUCUAUAAAGAUAAUGGUCAUUACGACCUUGAUUUUAAGAAUCAAAAUUCUGAUAAAUCUAAAUGGCUCAAGGGUAAUAAGCUUGCCGAUUUAUACAAAGAGUUUAUCAAAGAGUAUCCAAUAGUUUCCAUUGAGGAUCCAUUUGAUCAAGAUGAUUGGGAGGCAUGGAGUAAUUUAACUGGAUCUGUUGAUAUUCAAAUCGUCGGUGAUGAUUUAACAGUCACUAAUCCUGAAAGAAUUACUACAGCUAUUGAAAAGAAAGCUUGUAAUGCACUUCUUUUAAAAGUUAACCAAAUUGGCACAGUAAGUGAAUCAAUUCAAGCUGCUAAAUUAUCUCAAUCAGACGGUUGGGGUGUAAUGGUUUCUCAUAGAUCAGGUGAAACCGAAGAUUCUACCAUAGCAGACCUUGUUGUUGGUCUUCGUACAGGACAAAUUAAAACUGGAGCACCUUGUCGUUCAGAACGUUUAGCUAAAUAUAAUCAAUUAUUACGUAUCGAGGAAGAAUUAGGAGAUAAAGCUAUUUAUGCUGGAGAAAAAUUUAGGCAUGCUCAUCUAUUGUAA